UCCGAUAGGUGUUGGAGCCGAGAUGGGAAGGAUUGAGUGAGUGGAAGAGAAAGGAACGUAGAGUGACGAGAAGUCCAAUAUUCGGAAGUUGGAACUUAAGGUGGUAGCCGGGACGGCCUGGCAACGAGACCAAAUCCUGCGGGAAGGAUUGAUAAAAGAGCUGUCUUGGAAAAAGAGAAGAAAGGGAAGGCAGAUGCACCGUUGGAGAAGAAAGUGAAGGUGCGUUAAGGGAAUGCCUAGAGGAGGGAAGAACCUGGAAGUGGAAGGGGCGAAAGUGGCAGGAUCAAUUAUAUCAUUGCUCGCUCCUGCCCAUGUCUACUGCACAGCUGCACACAUCGUACCUACCUUGCCGGACUUGCCUACCUCACCACCUUACCAUCUUCCUUACCUACACCUACUCCGUACCUUAGGUAAGGUACAUACAUCACCUGCAUCUCCUAGACGACAGGUCUCUUCUUUUUCCCCCCCUUCCGAGAAGGAUACCUUUCCUCACCGAGUUGACCCUGCUUUAGUCUGCCACUAUCUGAGGUACGCCAGUGAAGGAGGGUGUACCAGUCUUUCUUUUCCUCAGCAAAAGGCAUACUGCGCCAAUGCCGCGUGGAGGUG